AUGUCGACGUCACAAGAAAGAAUUUUAGAAAAUCGCGUGAAGGCGCUUGAACUUGUCAUCGAUCGAGUCGAGUCGGGGAAUAUCCCACACACACUCGACCUCCCUUCUUACACUUUUCCUCGAAUUAAAACAGAAGCUCUUCCAUCAACACAAUACACAAUCAAUAUUCAACCGCCCGAACAAUUUCAAAUUGUUUCAUUCGUCGACGAACAACAACACCAAAAUGUUCAACCCCAAUUGUCCGACGCAUACUUCAAAGAAAUCCUUUCAACUUUACCAGACGAAGAGGAAAGCGAAGACCCAAAAGUUGAAAUUGUUCUCAAAGAGAUGCAGCGCUGCGAAGAAACCAUCGAACAACAAAAGUUGAAAAUCAUUGCACUUGAGACAACGCUUUGUUACCUCAACGACGAGUCUAUUGAGGUCAAAGCAGUCUUUUUGAAGCAAGGCGAACUCGAGAUGGAGAAGAAAGUGUUACUUGAGAAGAACGAGAAACUUUUUAAAAAGUGUGAUUUGUUAACGAGUGAAGUUGAGAGUUUAUUGAAUGUCAGAGAAAUGAACGCGAACAUCACCGCGAAGUUGUCUGCGUUUAAAUAUGAGCUUGAAAAUUUAAUGAAAGAGAAGGAAGACCUUGUAGAAGAGAAAAAAAUGAUUAAAGAGAGUCUCCAAACGGCAGAAGAGAAGCUUAAAACGGCCGAGAGAGAACUUGUCAAUACGAAGGCCGACACUGAAAAGGAACUCACGCGACGAAUAAGUAUUGUAUCGUCUGACAAAGAAAAGAUGUAUCAAGGCGAAAGAAGUCGAUUUCAAACGACCAUCAACACUGUUCAAAGGCAACUUCAAGAGAAAGACACCGAAAUGGAAAAGAGAGUGCAAGAGGUCUAUGGACUUGUUAAUACGUUGAAAGAACAACUUCAAGAAAAAGAAAGUGAAAUAGAAAAGGAGAAAGAAAGAACCGCGGCGGCUAUUGAAAAGAGCAGCGGACUCAUUGCAGCGAAUGAAGAAACACUGUGUCAAAUUGUGAAAGAGAGAGAAACGUUUAAAUGUCAAAUGAAAGAACAAAAUGAAUUACUUCAGAAGACAAAAGCAGAGAACGACAAAAUGACUGCGCAAAUUUCGGAGUUUGGGAAUAACGUGAAUACCCUCAAGAACAAUUUCUAUGCAGAAUUUAAGAAGGAGAGAGAGAGUCGAAUUGUGGAAGUUGCAAAAUUGAAUACAACGAUUCAGGAACUUACAGACGCGAAGAGUCAAUUGGAGACUCAAGUUGAAGAACUUAAAAAACGCUGUGAAACGGCUGAGAACAAGUGUGUUAAGUCUGUGGUUCAACAAACAAUUGUUCCAAAUAAUAACACUCAACCGGUUCAAAGUGAAACGUUUAAACAAAACGUUCAAGCAGUUGAAACAAACUUGGAGAAUAAAGUUGUAAUCGAAGAACCAAAGCAACAAGUUAAAAUGGAUGAAGAACACAAAGUUAAAGAACAAGAAGUACCACAACUUGUUUCAAAAGAAGUACAAGAAGUCGGUAAGGACUUAGCAAAUGUGGAAGUAAAGGAAGUCCAAAAAGCCGUGGAUAAUACAGAAGAGCUUCGUAUGAAGAAAUUGGAAGCACUCCCAUUCUUUAAACCACCAACAAAUAACGUUUUUGCUAAUAAACCAACACAACAAAUUGAGAAAAAGAUGGAAGAAGAGAAUAAACCAUUAGCUAUUGCGAUUACUAAACAAGAGUUGCCUAUUAAAAGACAACCAGUUGAAACACCCGUCCCAAUCGAAAAGAAACGAGUUGAAACUGCGGAAGAAAGACAAGAAAGAAGAAGACGGAAAUUCAAUAUGCCAAUGACUCCAUCAUCAUCAAGCAUUGUCACAACACCAACAACUUUAAAUACAACGGUCGUCCAAACACAACAAGCGCCUGUGGUAUUACCAAAAAGAGUUGCUGCAGUCGACGAGGUAGUUGCUCAACAAAUUGUCCCACAACAAAUUCAGCCUCAAACACCACAACCAAUUCAACAACAAAGUAAUGUAGUGGAGGAGAAAAUUAUUCCGACUGAAGAAGUCAAAGAAGAGACUUUGUCACCAAUAAAAGCGGAACCAAAAGCUACUGAACAGAAAGUCGAAGACAAAACAGAGCAAAAGACUGAAGAGAAAGUUGGUGAAAAGGUGGAACAUGUUGAAGUGAAAGAAAAUGUCGUACAAGAACAACCAAAAAUAGAAGACCAAGUGAAGGAAGUACCACAACCAAUUGAAGUACAAGUACAACCCCAAACUAUUCAACCAGAAAACACUUUAACGACUGUAAAAGAAACAGUUCAAUUAACUAAUACAAUUGAGAAAAUGGACGAGGACAAAGGUUUGGAGGGGACAAAGUCACAACCAAUGGAAACACAACAAGAAAAGAUGGAAGAAACACCUUCAACGUUCUUUGGGUUUGGCGCCAGUGGUUCAACUCCAUUUUUCAAUUUUCAAAAAACACCACAAAGUGUAGAGUUUGGUUCUGCAUGUAUGGAUGAGGUGCCUGUGCAUGUUGGGAUGGAAGAGGAUGACACGAAAAAAGAGGAGAAGAAGACAGUGAUCGACGAGUCUACAAAUUUGGUGGCCAGGUCACAGUUUGGGAGUGAAAUGGUGACGAGUGCAACCAACUUCUUCACUGGAACGGAUUUUUCAAAGCCAACUUUUGAUUUUGGGAACAUCUUCAAUCAACCACCAAAGGAACAAACGCCACCAAUGUCUUUUGGUUUUGAUGAAUUGGCCCUUAGCGCGCCACAAACACAAAGUGAUGUGAUUGGAGACAAACAAGUUCUCAACACCGUCGAAGUAGUCAACGGACAAGAAAACGCCGAAGAAGAAAAUGCGGAAGACGGUGAUUUCGAAGACAACGAACAAGCAGAAAAGACAAAGAAAACACACAAUGAAGAAAUAGAAGUAGCAAAAGAAAUUGAAGAAGUCGUUGAAGAAGAAGACACAAACGAAGAAGAGAAUACCAACGCCCGACAAACCGGCAAUUUUUAUGCUCAACAAAGAAAAAUAAAGAAACAACAAUUAUUGAAAAGAGCUGGAAAGCCAAUUGUUGAAAAUAAAGGUAAACCAAAAUUUGUGAAAACAAGUCACAAAAAGGGUGGAAAAAAGUAG